AUUGCAAGGGUUUUGUAAUUCGAAAGAUACACAGCGAGAGAGAGAGAAGGAAGUAGCUCUUUCCACUGCUGACCUGACAUUCAUCAAUGGGGAGUACUGCGGCGGCGGAGAAAACCGAACAAGAACUUCGCAACGAGAUCGAUGAACUUCUUCGUCAACAACGCGAGAUAACUGAGAGGCUUCGAGAUCCUCGUGGUCUUCGUAAAGGUGCUUUAUCGACUCCUCUUCUCCGCAAUAAUUCGAUUCGCCAACGUCCCUUUGUUCGUCACGGUGGGGAUAACCAUGAUUCUGAAGAUCAACCUCCUGCUAAAAGGAGACUUUCAUCUGCUGUUGUUAAGGUUGGUGAUGGGGAGCUGACUGAGGAUGCUGAUGCUGGAAACACAAAGGAUUCAACUGGCGACGGUGUAAAUGGGAAUGCUACUGUUGGUCAGAGUGAUGGGAAGCCUUUUAAUUCUCACCAAAGUGGAUUGUCUAGAAGAGACAGUUAUCAAAGAAAUUCAAAGGCUUCUGACAUUCCUACUACAGAACAUGUUCCGAGGGUAUUGCCUAAGAAUGAAGACCCAAGCUUGGUUAAUAGGAACAAAAGAAUGCUGGGUCAGCUUUUGGGAACUCUGGAGAAAUUCAGAAAGGAAGACAAGCAACUCUCAGGAACAGAGGCAUUUAUGCGAAGAUCAAAUUCUUUGCAAAGAGCUGAGCAAAGAGCACGGGAAGAAAGUGAAAGGCUCAGGAAAGAAGAGCGCGAACAGAUUGCUGAAAAACGGAGGAGGGACUUGACUCUUAGGGCACGUGUGGCUGCUAAGACAGAAGAAAAGCAAUUGGAGUUACUGUUUCUUCGGUGGAGUGAGCAUCAUAAAAGACUAAGCAAUUUUAUAAGGACUAAAGCAGAACCUCCAAUCUACUAUUUGCCUAACAAGCCCUUGGAUGAAGAAGAUGUGUCAACUAAUAAGAGCAAAGAAGAGGAUUUCCUUGAAUGGAAAAAUGCAAGAAGAGAGGAAUUGUCUGAGUAUCAAAAACAAAUUGGGGACCAGUAUCUUGCCAAUGUUGAGAAGGAUUUGGAGAGAUGGCAGAAUGCAAGAAAUGCAAGGAAAGGAAACAAUGAUCAGAAUUUACAAGAAACAAUGGACAAAGAAUUGGAUACUCAUAGGCUCGAGCAUGGUCCCAAGAAAAGAAAAAUCCCUGACGGAACUAAUAAUGAAGAUGAUGACGAUGAUGUGGAAGAUAUAAAUGUCGGAGAGGAUGAUAUGAUGGACGAUGAGUUAGAUGAUGAUUCUGGUCGAAGGAUUGAUGAAACAAUUAAGACGGAAACGAGCAAUGCCACUGCAGAUCCUGCAGCUGCUACUGAUAAUGAAGACCUAAAGUGAUGGCCCGCCACGACACACAUCAAUUAUUCAGUGAGAUGUUUAUUUUUUUGUAGUUUAUCCCUUGCUAUGGUUAGGCUUCUGUAUUAAAUUUGCUGCUUUAAUAUUUUUCUGUAAUCAAAUGUACUUUCUCUAUUUUUGUGUCUGUAUUUUUGGGUUUAUUUUUUGUUUCGUUAACGAGCAAACUAAGAAUGUCUAUCUUAUCUUAGCAUACGUGAGUUUCAGUCUGCUA